UUUAUUCCUGAAAAGAAAGGAGGUAGGAAAUUAAAAAGAUACUAUACAGCUAGGCUAGACAUACGUAUUUUAAAUAGAAGGAUGCUUUGGAAGAUUUUGCUGCUGCUGCUGUUCUAUUACAGUGCUCAUGCCACUAUGACCCACAGAUGGAGCAGAGCUAUGCUUUUCCCAGCUGCUCAGCGAGUCAAGCGGAACUCAGCUGCCUUCCUCAGCCCAGUGCUCCAAAAUUCCCUGGAAGAUGUGGUCCUGCUCUAUGAGUUUCUUUUAGCUGAGCUUGACAUUGACAAAGGCCAGAGGAUCUCCAUCAAAGAUGAGGAGCUUGCUUCACUGAGAAAGGCUGCUGAGUUUGACACCAUCUGCAAUGAGAUUAUCCCCAAGAGCAUCACAGAGAUCCGCAGGCUGAGUAGCAGGCUGUCUUCCUAUCCAAGGGCCCUCAAGAAAGAAGACUUUGAAAGGACUGUGCUGACCAUGGUCUACACGGCCUACAGGGCUGCUCAGUCCAUGGGGCACCAGAAAGACACUUGGACUGAAUCCUUUGUCAAUCUUUACAAAGCCCUGAAGCAUGACUUGAUGUUCUCAUACAAUAAAGAGCCAUCACAGUGGGAGACUUGAUGCAAUGGCAACUCAGCCACCUCUUCUGGUUGAUACAGGACACAUGUAGCACGUCCACCACUUUAUCCUGUAACGAGUAAUAGCCUGCUUCAUGAAAGAUUAUUUGUUUUCUAGCUCCCUCUUGUGGAAUCCACUUUAUAGUUCCAUGUUAAAUGGGGAAAAAUGUUAUCUUCAGUCCUGGGAAUUUGAUUUUUGUGAUGGCUUGGAGGCACACUCUGUGACAGGCAGAGAAGGGAGUCUGGUGUACACCCCAGACAGACAUGACUUUGUUUCAUCCAGGGGGUUUUCUAUAGGCAAUACAUAAGUAUACUGUGCUUAUGCUCACAUGCCUAUGUGUAUGUACUGGAGAAUGCUGCUUUCCUAGCUGGGGAAACAAGUUCACAUUUUAGCUGCCUAGUAAAAGGAUAUUAUAAAGAUAUGCAAAGGCCCUGUGUGACAGGAAGAGGUUUUAUAAUUGUCAGCCUUUAGAAAUUAUGCCACAUUUUAUUAAUUCCAAAUAUUUUUGUAAAUAAGUACUGUCUGAUUCACUUCAUUUGGCUGAGACAGUUUUUAAUUGCAAUAGCAUUUGCAGAUGACAAAGGGCAUUAUGAACACCAGCAGCAAACAAUGCCUGUGCACAUAUUCCCAGUUUCCUAGAGCCACGCUUCCAAACAGUCUGCAAUGAUUCUUUCAUUAUUUGCACAUGACUUUGCUUUUGCUCCUUGUUUUUUGAAGGCAACAUGGAUUUGUCCUCAGCAGAGUCAAAAACAAGACAAAGGUCCUGUUUAAUUUAACAGUGACACGUUUUUCCUGAUUCUAUCACUUGAACGUAGGUCAUCUAAACCCAUGCUUCAGAAUCCCCCUGAGGCAAGGGAGGAAGGUGCAUUAAAACGUAACUGGUGCUGAAUUUAGCAGUGUGGCUCAUUUUUGAUGGUAAAUUAUAUAUUCACUUGUGUAUAUGUGUGUGUAUGUUCAUGCAUGCAUGUGCACGUAAGUGCUGAGUACGUGGAAGAAUCCUAAAUUUUUCAGUCAGGGAACAGUUGUAUCUGACCACUUAGCAGACAAAGGCCAUUCACCAAUCUGGUGGUGGGAAUUAUGAAUUUGGGAGCAAUGGAAAAGCAGUACUUGUUUACAACAAAAACUGUUUGUAGAAACAGUGGAUCUGAUUAUUAUAAACUGCAAAAAAAACCAUGGACAGAAAAGGAACAGAAAAAGGAGGUACAUCAGACAGAUGACUAGCAAUGAAAAAAACCGACUCUUCUAAAACAAAUCCUCUAAUAUUUGUGAACAAGUUAUACAAACUGUUUCUCUAGUGAUAUUAGAGGUGCUUCUACUUCCAGAGCACAGAAAAAUAGCUGAACAUUUAUUUCAUCCUUUCAUAUCAGCACUCGCUCUCUAUUUCCAUAAUGUCUUAAGGCGACAGGCCCAGAUCAAAAAUCCCUGAGGCUGUAAAAGAGAGUUAAGGAUUUCAGCUCCAGUUCUGACUCACGUUUAACUGCUUUUGCAUCACUUGAGCAAAAGGAAUGAACUCUUUUGCAUCCCUUAAUAGGGAUACUCCAAGGACUGGAGCUAAAAAAAUCCAUCCAGCACCACCUUGUUGCAGCAAACAGCAAACAGUGCAAGCAGUCAGAGCACACUGGGUUUAGCAAUCACGUAUGGGAAUGUGGAACCACAGCAACCUUAGGGGCAGGCUGGCAGUGGAAUAAGCAGCUGGGCAAAGGGCUUACAAAAGACAUUCAGCCUUGUUUCUCCCAGCAGUUUCUUUACGUGUAUGCAUGAGUGUGCGUGUUUGUUUUUCAGAUGCACGUGUGUGUAGGCGCACUUUUAUACCUGAAGAUCUUAGCUGGCCAUCUUAAAGCUUGGCUGACACAUGGCAAAGGAAACUGAAAGCCUCAAGCACAAAGCUAUGAGUCACGAGCAUCUCUGUCUCCUCUACUUGUUCACACAGCUCAGCGCCCACAAAGCAGCCUUGCGCUACAGGCCACAUGCUCUUUAGGCCUUCAGCAUUAACACUGACGAUCUGUUUGUGUUUUCUUCCCACACCGUGCAUUAUAAACACAUGGAGGGGAAAUGCCAUGAGUGCACUCCUGCCUUUCCAGCUCUGCUUCUUGGCUCCCUGAAGCACCACUUGCCGGAAGAGCCUGGAACCAGGGCAAUUCAUAAAUCCCUUACAGCCAGUGACCCCAAGUCUGCAAAGAUAAACAAGGAAGAGCGCUAUAGCAAGAUUAAUUGCUUGCAGUCGUCAUGCAGAGAAAUAUCUCUCAGCCACUCUCCUCACCCCACAACAGGACUGUCCAGCAGUCAGAGUUUACUCGUCAGUAAGUAUCCCAUAGAAAAGAAUUACAGAUAAUUUUGAAUAUCUGAUCAUUCCCUAUGACAUACAUAUCUUACUGUACCUUACAAGUUGGUAAUUGAAAUCUUUAUCUCUUCAACAGAAAAUAAAGUUUUUCUGAGUUUGUUUCCCUCCUCCCAUUACUAUGUGUAGUGUAGGAAAAACUUUUAUU